UUUUGCCUCAAACAUAAAACCCAGAGUCAUUAUUAAACGAUUUAGCGUUACAUUUUAGCUGCGUAUUCAUAAUCGAAGCGGCGAUGAUGCAGUGAAAAAUAGAAGGAGACGUUGCGGGAGAAAUGUUAAGAAGUUUAAUGAUGGCAAUAUUUUUCAACAUAAGCUAGACCGGAAGUCAUAUAGUUGCCGUUGUUUCUAUCAGUAGUUCAUGAAGCUAAAGCCACAAGAAGUUGUAUCAACUAAUGUUGUGUGUUAACUUGAAGUCUUCAUCUUUUUGAAAGCCAUGAAGAAAAGAUUUAAUAUCAACCUGAACGAUUCGGUUUUCACCAAAGAAAGAACACCGCCAAAGCCACAGUUUCCUUCAUGUAAAGGAGGACAACACAUCACUGCCCCAACCACAUCUUCAUCAAAUCCUGCUCCUGUACCAAUGGACCAGCCUUUGUCCUACGCAGAAUAUAACAUUCAGAGCAAAACCAAUGUGGCUGCCCCUGUUCACAGAGACUGUUCCUCCAACCAGCCCAGAACUGAAGCUGAUGGAGUUUCCCAUGUGAAGCACAGUGACCGUCAUUCAGAGUCUUCCAGGACAGGAGGAGGUGAUCCAGCUGAAAACAGUGCUAAAAGGACUGAAAGUGGAUGUGUAGAGUUAAAAAAUGAGACAGCUGGCCCAGACAAGAGCGAAGAGGAGAGCCAAAGGUCAGAUCUGGGCCACGGCAUGGGUCCUAAACCUGUGGGAUCUGGGAGCAGCAUUAUUGUCAGUCCUCGACAGAGGGGAAAUCCUAUACUGAAAUUUGUGAGGAGUGUCCCUUGGGAGUUUGGGGAGGUUGUACCAGACUAUGUCUUAGGACAAACUACAUGUGCUCUCUUCCUCAGUCUGAGGUAUCACAACCUCAACCCCAACUACAUACACGACCGUCUCAAGCAGCUUGGACAAACUUUCACCCUACGAGUACUACUGGUUCAGGUGGAUGUGAAAGACCCUCACCAUGCAUUAAAAGAACUGGCUCGGAUCUGCAUCAUGGCUGACUGCACCCUUAUCUUGGCUUGGAGUCCAGAGGAGGCAGGACGUUACUUGGAAACAUACAAAUCCUAUGAGAAGAAACCUGCAGAUCUACUGAAGGAACAAGUUGAAAAAGACUAUCUGUCAAAGGUUACAGACUGUAUGACGACUGUGAAGUCUAUAAACAAAACAGAUGCCAUUACUUUGCUGUCAGCUUUCUCUUCUAUAGAAGGAAUAAUCGAGGCCUCAAAAGAAGACCUUGCUCUCUGUCCAGGACUUGGACCACAAAAAGCAAGACGACUGCAUGACGUUCUUCACAAGCCGUUCCUCAAGUCUAAGACAAAAGACAGCUGAAACCUACCAAUGAACUGAAAGACUGACCAUUAUGUUUAGCAGAUG